CGUGCAGCUAACUUGUUUCGCUUUCUAGGGUUCUACUCUAGUUUUCUCCAAAAUUCUAAUUCUAAUUCUAAUAAUCAUCGUGAUUCGGAUAAUUAUCAGUUUUUCCUGGUUUGAAAUUGCGGUUUAGUUUUUCGGGCUGAAACAGAUCGGCUCUCGGUGUAUGGGACGAUAUUCGCGAUGAGCGCCAGCAUCAACGGUGGUCCCAGGUCGCCAUCAAGCCGGGAUGAUGACACCGUUAUUGAAGAUGACCCCAUCGCCCCUUCAACCAGCGGCGGCCAUUCUACCGCAGAAGCAGCUGAAGUUUCACCUGCCGAUGAAGAUAAACCAGUUGAAGCGAGGGUUUCGGAUGAUUUUAAUGAGUAUACGGAUUUGAAGCCAAAUGAUGCGGAUAUUGGAAUUGGUGAUGCAAGCGGAGGAGGAGAUGCGAUGAAUCAAUCUAAUUCUUCUGUUCUGAGAUUGCAAAACUCUAAACAAUUAAAGAAGGCUAAGAAGAAGAAAGUGAAAGAUUCUGUGGAAGAUUAUGAUUCGAUGUUAUCGGAAUUUGAUCAUUUCGCAUCGAAAGGAUCAAAUGAAGCUGUUGGAUAUGGGUAUGAAAUUGGAGAUAUGGUGUGGGGAAAAGUGAAAUCACACCCGUGGUGGCCGGGACACAUUUUCAACGAGGCAUUCGCCUCUCCGGCUGUUCAAAAAAGCAAGCGGGAGGGCCAUGUCUUGGUAGCAUUUUUUGGGGACAGUAGCUAUGGAUGGUAUUAUCCCGCAGAGUUAAUUCCCUUUGCAGAGAACUUUUUGGAGAAGUCUCAGCAGACUUCUUCGCGGCCAUUUUUGAAGGCUGUAGCAGAAGCUGUAGAUGAGCUUUCCAGACGACAGGCGUUGGGUUUAGCAUGCCGGUGCAGAAAUGAGUUCAAUUUCUGGCCGUCUGGUGUGGAUGACUACUUUGUUGUUGAUGUAGGGGACUUUGAGCCAGUUGUUUAUUCUUUAAGUCAGAUAAAUAAGGCAAGAAGUAGUUUUCAUCCGAAUGAGAUACUUUCGAUGGUCACACAAUUGGCAUUGAAACCUUUGGGGCCUUAUGAUCAGACCAUUGAGUUUAUUAAGAACAAGGCCACAGCCUUGGCAUGCAGGAAGGCAUUGUUUGAGGAGUUUGAUGAGACUUAUGCACAAGCCUUCGGGACAGCACCAGUGCGUCCUCCCCGGCCAACUGCCCCAAUGGCCGUUAAUCCGUCUAGAGCUCCUUUGAGUGGCCGACUAGUGACUUCCGGUAAGAAGAAAUACUCUAUGGACCCUACCAAAAAUAAGGAUCAAGUUGAAAAGGACAAAUAUAUAUUUAAGCGGAGAGAUGAAGCAAUUCAUAUCAGGACCAAGAAAACAAGUUCAGGCCAAGUAACCCCUGCUUAUCCACUUUUGUUAGAUGGAUCAGGGGUAUCGGAGACACGUAUGAACUCUGUUUCUGUAUCUGACAUCAAUGAGGUCCAGCAUCAAUCCACACAUCAGCCAUACGUGGUGGGUGACAUAAAACCUUUGGAAGGUUCCGCGAAACUUCUGGAAGGUAAGUCAAAAAAGGCAAAGUUACUGGUGAGUGACAUAAAACCUUUGGAAGGUUCCGCGAAACUUCUGGAAGGUAAGUCAAAAAAGGCAAAGUUACUGAAGCGGCGAGCUGGUGAAUUGAGCACUGAAAACGCAACCCUGGUUAUGAAUAAGAAGAAGAGAAAGAAAGAAAUAACGAAUGAGCAACCAUUGGGGGAAUUGAGUUCUGAGAAUGUAACUGUGAAUAAGAAGAGAAAGAAAGAAAUAAAAAAUGAAGCCACUUUGGAUACUGCUUUGCCCCCUGCCAACAGUGACAGUGGCGAAGCAGUGGAAAAAAUCUCAGUAAUGCCACUUGAUAAUACACUUAGUGCCACUGAUAUCCCGUUGGACAAUCAGAAGAAUGAUGGUUUAGUGGCGCCGGCCGCACCUUCGGGGGAAGAAAAGAUAGCCAUUGACCUUGGGGAACAAGGUCUUCCAGCGCUACUGCAAGACUUGCGUGCUCUUGCCAUCAAUCCCUUUCAUGAAGUAGAGAGGAGCUGCAAAGCUACUGCCUUCCCGUUGUUCUUGAAGUAUCGUUCUGUUGUUUAUCAGAAAAGCUUGGUUUUAUUGCCACAAGAUGAGAUAGAAAAAGGUGAUGCUAACUCCAGUAAAGCACCUUCAACUACUUUGCACCUUCCUCCUGAGGAAACCCGCGAUAAGCCAGCCAUGAAGCUCAAGAGACCUCUCCUCCGGCCUGAUGAUCCAACCAAAGGUGGUAAGAAACAUGGUCCACCCAUUCGUCCAGAUGCUAUAAAGAAAAGGAAGAAGCUUGAUAACCCAGAGGAUGCAAGCACGAGGAAGAAACUUAUUGAUUCAGAAGACAUUUCAGACAUUAAGAAGAAGAAGAAGAAAAAGAAGAUAAUAGAUGGCUCAAAAUUAUUAUCCACGGAAAGGAAAACUCUGAAGAGGUCCAAUGAACCCCAGCGAGGGGGUGAUGUGAAGGAAAUACAUGCUAAAAAUGCUUCUCUGGCAUCUUCAAAGGCACCCAAACUAGAAUCAGGCCAGAGGUUGCAGAAGCCAGUAAGAUUGGCUGAUCCGACUAUGCUAGUCAUGAAGUUUCCCCCUGGUGCAGCUCUUCCAUCUAGUGCUCAUCUGAGAGCAAAGUUUGCUCGUUUUGGUCCUCUUGAGCAUUCAUCCACUCGAGUGUUCUGGGAGACAUACACAUGUCGCCUGGUCUAUCAGCAUAAAGUAGACGCAGAAGCUGCCCUAGAAUAUGCUCUGGCAAGCAACAAUCUGUUUGGGAGCAGGAAUGUGAAGGUCUACAUGAGGGAAGUGAGAGACAAAGCAGUGGAGGCAGAACCAAUCAAGCUUCAGAAGGAAGUCAUCUCAAAGCCAAGGGAGGCCACCCCGGCUGCUGAACAGAGGACAGCAGGUAGAAUUCCUGUGCAGUCGCAGCAGCUCAAGUCGUGCCUGAAGAAGCCUUGUAGCGAAGAUGUUGGUAAUGGCAAUGGUAGAGGUACUCGUGUAAAGUUUGUUUUGGGAGGGGAGGGAGGUAGCAAGACCGAACUAGUUUCUUCUAGUUAUCCUGUGGGUGAACCAUCGUCAUCAUAUACAACACAUUCUACCGAUGUUACUAGUAAGAAUUUGCCUAAAUUUGGCCCAGAGUCUAUCAUUACGCCUUCGUCUUCACCUAGUCAUCAGUUGCAGAAAGCUCCGGUUAAUAUGGGUGGCGCCGAGCUAUUACCUAAAAAUGACAUUUCGCAACAGCUUCUGAAUCUACUAAGUAGGUGCAGGGAUGUGGUAAAUAACCUGACGGGGGCGUUAGGCUAUGUGCCAUACCAUUCUCUUUAAGAAAAUCCUUGCAACUCUGGCCCCUUCGGAAUCAACUGCGUUGGCUACUUUAAGAAAAUCAACAAAACUACUGGUGGUGGAUGAGAUGAGUCGCAAAGAGAGCUGGGAUGAUGAAGUGAUCAUUUUUUGACAAGUUGAUAUUCCUAGAUCAUGUAUUUUAUUUAUCUGUUACACCACUUUUAUUUUUAUGUUGCUUUCAUGUAGAAAAUUAUUUAAAUAUAUUAGGGGGAAGAUUCGAUAUGAUGUCUUCUGAUUGAUAUUGGAUGUUUAUCAUUGAACAACCAAGGCCAUUGAAACGCAA